AAUUCGAAAAAUUUGCAGCCGAUAACGAAAAGGGAGGAGAAAAAAAGGAGAUUCUUUUUUUCGUCAACACAGACACCAUGAUUAAGUUGUUUAAAGUAAAGCAAAAGCAGAGAGAACUUGCUGAAAGUGCUAACGGAAAGCCUUUGGGCAAGAAGCAAAGUGCUGGAGAAUUGCGUCUUCAGAAAGUAUAUGGAAUUCUGUGCUUAGCAAUAUUGAGAUUGAUGCUUUGCGAGAAAAAUCUGUUGGGUGAUUUUCUAGAAUUGGCUAACACUAUGUUGGUGUUAAGCAUAAUUGAUAUUACCGAACUGAAUCUGCCGAAAACAUGUAGCAUAUCAUUCCCUAAUGGCAAGGAUGACCUCAUGAAUUUUGAAGUUACCAUUCGCCCUGAUGAGGGAUAUUAUAUGGGUGGAACAUUUGUUUUCUCGUUCCAAAUCUCUCCCAUCUAUCCUCAUGAUGCUCCAAAGGUUAAAUGCAAGACAAAGGUCUACCAUCCCAAUAUCGACUUAGAAGGAAAUGUCUGCCUAAACAUCCUCAGGGAAGACUGGAAACCGGUGCUGAACAUAAACACCAUCAUCUAUGGACUCUAUCACCUUUUCACGGAACCGAACCACGAGGAUCCUCUCAAUCAUGAUGCUGCUGCAGUAUUGAGAGAUAACCCAAAAAUGUUCGAAUCGAACGUCAGGAGAGCCAUGAGUGGUGGCUAUGUGGGCCAGACUUACUUCUCACGCUGCAUAUAGCUCUUUUUGUGAAGAUAUGCAUCAGCUUUACCGGAAGUUCAGAAGGCUGUACAUUAUGACCACUCGUCUUAUCUCUAGGUCUUUCUGCUAUGAAAAUCCGGGGGUCAGUUCUAAUUUGCAGUAAUAUCGUGUAUCUAAAGAAGUAGAAAGCUGGGAUUUAUCUGUAUGCUGCUGUAACUUUGUGCUUUUACGAGGACUUAUUCAUUGUGCACUGGGAUUUAAGUACUGUAACUCUUUUCUACUCUUUUCUACUGGAGAAUGUGAUGGUGAAGGACUCCAUGGUAUGCUUUUACGAGUUACGACUAAUCUUAAAUUGCCUCUAGGUUUGUAAAAUAUGGUCAAUCUGCUACUGUGGUUUCAUUUUUCAAUAAAUACGUGUUCUAUUUUUCAUCAUUGGUAAAAGAAGAAGAUGAAGGGGGAAAAGGAGAAUCUUAGAAUAUUACAGAAAAAUAUGAC